UGUCUGGUAAGUGCUGCUGACUGAGGCGAAUAUGGCACAGGGGAUUCAACUGGAACGAGAGAGAUUCUGCUGCUCUCUCUGCUCGGAACUGCUCAACAAUCCGGUGGCCAUACCUUGCGGUCACAGCUUUUGCCUGACCUGCAUCAACAGAGGCUUGGACAAUGAAGAAAGUUCGGGCAUCUACAGCUGCCCUCAGUGCAGGGAGAUCUUCCUGUCCAGGCCCACCCUGGUUAAAAACGGCAUGAUAGCAUUUGUCGUCGACCAGUUGAGGAAGAGUCUAAAACAUGCGGUUCCAGAUCCUGAACCCGGAGAUGUGACCUGCGAUUUCUGCCUUGAGAAGAAGGUGAAGGCCAUAAAGUCAUGCUUGCAAUGUAUGGCUUCCUACUGUGCCACCCACCUCCAGCCUCACAAGGAUGUCGCUCCUCUGAGGAAGCAUAAGUUAGUGGACACAACCGCUGAUAAAGACUGCGAUCCUGAACCCGGAGAUGUGGCCUGCGAUUUCUGCACUGAGAAGAAGGUAAAGGCCAUACAAUCGUGCCUGCAAUGCAUGGCUUCCUACUGUGCCACCCACCUCCAGCCUCACAAGGAUGUGGCUCCUUUAAGGAAGCACAAGCUGGUGGAACCAACAGCAGAUCUUGAGGAAAGCAUCUGCCCCGAGCAUCAAGAACUGAUGAAGAUGUUCUGCCAGACCGAUCAGAAGUGCAUUUGUUAUGUCUGCGCCAAAGACGGCCACAAAGGACACAACAAGGUCACCACAGCUGCCGAAAGGGCCGAGAGGCAGAAGAGCCUUCAGGCGGCUCGGCAAAGAAUCCAGCUGAGGAUCCAGGAGAAGAAGAAGCAUGUUCAAACGUUUAAGCAGGAGGAAGAUGCAGUAAGUCAUGCUGCUGAUGCUGCUCUGACCGCCACUGACAAGCUCUUCACGGAGCUCAUUAAGACGAUGGAGAAAAAGCUCUCUCACGUGAAGGAGAAGAUGACCUCUCGUCAGGAUGCUGAAUUGGGUCGGUUCAGAAAAGCUCGGAAUAAGGUGGAGGAGGACGUCAUGGAGUUGAACAGGAAAGAUGUUGAAAUGGACAAGCUGUACCGUACAGAAGACCAUACUUAUUUUCUGCUAAAGUAUCCAAAACUGUGUCGUCUGAGCGAACCUAAAGAAUCACCGAACUACAAGAUCCGCCGACAGCGCAACUUCGAGCGGGUCAUCGGCACUGUUUCAGAGGCCAAGAAGAAUCUGCACAAGCUUCUUGAAGAAGAAUGUGAAAAGAUUUUGCUCGCACUUACUGGAGCCACGGGUUCGCUCGCUGAGCCUCAGCCACAGUUGGAGGAAGGCAUCAUGAAUCCCAGACCCGAGGUCAUUGGCAGACAGACCUCCACUGAACAAACCACCGCUCAGUUCGUACAAAGCAGACUCUCCCAAAUCCUGGUUAGUCCCAUGCUUCCCCGACCUAGCUUUUCAACACCCGGCCUGCAGGACCCCAGAUCUCAGAGCAGACAUGUAAGACAGCAGUCAGAGAACUUGUACAUCAGUGGAGACGAAAAUACUACACCAACCAGUGUUAAACAAUCACCUGACUUCUUCUCCAAGCAAGAAUGGGAAAACCCUGAUGUUAUACAGGUUGAAACACCUCCAGUUGAGAAUAAUCCUCGCAUAUUACUGAGGAGGUCAAAGAAAGACAGAAGAGAGGUUCUGAAAGCCAGAGCUCACUUCUUACAAUACGCAUCUCAAAUCACACUGAAUCCAGACACCACAAACACAAACCUGAUUCUAGCCAAGGAGAACAAAAAAGUCAUAUUUGUAAGCGAAGCACAAGACUACCCCAACCACCCGGAAAGGUUUGCAUACACCUGGCAGGUCCUGAGUGAUCAGAGUUUUGAUGGCCGAUGCUACCUGGAGGUGGAGAGGAGUGGGAGAGGAGUCCUGGUGGCGAUGACUUACAAAGACAUCGGCAGAGCCGAGACCUUCAACAACUGCAUGUUUGGUCAGAACAACAAAUCUUGGGCUCUCGAUUGUUUCAAGAACAGUUACGAGUUCAGGCACAACAACAACAAAACUCCCAUCCCGGGCAUAUGGUCCUCCAGAGUAGGAGUGUACCUGGAUCACAAAGCAGGUCUUCUGGCCUUCUACAGCAUCUCUAAUACCAUGACUCUCCUCCACAAAGUCCAGACCACCUUCACCGAGCCGCUCUACUUUGGACUCUGGCUUUCAGAUGGAGCAACUGCUGAGAUCAGCACUAUUGUGUAGAAUAUGAUUUUAUCAAAUGAGGACA